UCUCCUCUAUCCUCUUCAGCCCUGCCUGCCUGUCAGAUCGGAGCUCCAGUGUUGGAGGCUAAGGCUACCCUCCUCCCCGGACCUCUACCCACAGCCAGCCGCCUCCGUCCUCCCCAAGGCUCGGGCACCUUUUACGCACGGCUCCAACCAUGGCAGUCCCCGUCACCUCCACCCGGUUCACCGACGAGUACCAGCUGUACGAGGAGCUCGGGAAGGGAGCUUUUUCAGUGGUGCGUAGGUGUGUAAAGAAGUCAUCAGGACAGGAAUAUGCUGCAAAAAUCAUCAACACUAAGAAGCUGUCUGCAAGAGACCAUCAGAAGCUGGAGAGAGAGGCUCGCAUCUGUCGUCUGCUGAAGCACCCCAACAUCGUGAGACUCCAUGACAGCAUUUCAGAGGAAGGCUUUCAUUACCUCGUCUUUGACCUGGUGACAGGUGGAGAGCUUUUUGAAGACAUUGUAGCCAGGGAGUACUACAGUGAGGCCGAUGCCAGUCAUUGCAUUAGUCAGAUCUUGGAGAGUGUCAAUCAUAUCCACCAGCAUGAUAUUGUGCACAGAGACCUCAAGCCUGAGAACCUGUUGUUGGCCAGUAAGAUGAAGGGAGCUGCAGUGAAGCUGGCAGACUUUGGCCUUGCUAUUGAAGUGCAAGGAGACCAGCAGGCUUGGUUUGGGUUUGCGGGCACCCCGGGCUAUCUCUCCCCUGAGGUCCUGAGGAAGGACCCCUACGGCAAGCCUGUGGACAUUUGGGCCUGCGGUGUUAUUCUCUAUAUCUUGUUAGUGGGAUAUCCUCCAUUCUGGGAUGAAGAUCAACACAAACUCUAUCAGCAGAUCAAAGCUGGGGCAUACGAUUUCCCAUCCCCGGAGUGGGACACAGUGACUCCAGAGGCAAAAAACCUGAUCAACCAGAUGUUGACCAUUAACCCAGCCAAGAGGAUCACUGCCGAGCAGGCUCUCAAACACCCUUGGAUCUGCCACCGUUCUACAGUGGCCUCCAUGAUGCACAGACAGGAAACUGUCGAGUGUCUCCGCAAGUUCAACGCUCGUCGAAAACUCAAGGGAGCCAUUCUCACCACCAUGUUGGUGUCCAGAAACUUCUCAGUGGGCCGGCAGCAUACCAACUCUGCUGCUGCCGCCUCCUCCACCGCCUCACUGGCUCAGGAAGCAUGCAAAAGUUUACUCAACAAGAAGUCAGAUUCUGCUAAGCCUUCUACCAACAACAGUAAGAACAGUAUAGUGAGCGCCAUCAAUGCCCUGAAAGACACCAACAUGGCCACCAACGCCCAGAUGGAAUCUCAGAGCACGGUGGUGCACAACCCUCCUGAUGGAGUCAAGGGAUCAACGGAGAGCAACGCCACCAACGACGAGGAGGAGAUGAAAGCGGACAGUUCGGUGCUGAGUCAGAGCAGCGCCACAGAGGAGAUGCCCCCACUUCUGCCCUCACCUCAAAGCUCACCUGCCAUUCCACCGCAUGACGUAAAGCGCAUGGCAUGGAACAGCACGGGCAACAGCUCCUGCCCUGACUCUGAGUUCUCACAGUCCUCCAUGCCUGCCGCUCCGCUAGGGAGCAACACUGUCGCUGCUAUCAGCAACACUAAGCAGACUCGUAAACAGGAGAUCAUCAAGAUAACGGAGCAGCUGAUUGAAGCGAUCAACAAUGGAGAUUUCGAUGCCUACACGAGGAUUUGUGAUCCUGGACUCACCUCUUUUGAACCCGAGGCCCUGGGGAACCUGGUGGAGGGCAUGGACUUUCACAAGUUCUACUUUGAAAACUUGCUAAGCAAGAACAGCAAGCCUGUGCACACCACUCUGCUCAACCCUCACGUGCACCUGAUCGGCGAGGACGCGGCGUGCAUCGCCUACAUCCGGCUCACACAGUUUGUGGACACCACGGGCCGCCCUCGUUCCAGCCAAUCGGAGGAGACCAGGGUGUGGCAUCGUCGCGAGGGCAAGUGGCUCAACGUUCACUUCCACUGCUCGGGAGCUCCUGCUGCACCACUGCAGUGAUCAGUGGUCCUGAGCCUCCAGUCUACUGGAGUGUGUGUUUUGGGGGGCAGUUUUUUUCAGCGAGCGUGUUUUAAGAGGCACGUCCUCUGCGUGGAGUGGCUAGUGCCAGGAGCCCGGCCGGGCAAGAUCGCAUCCCUCUCCACGAUACCAACCAAUCCUGUCCCCCCCUUUGACCUGCUGGGGGCCGGCUGAACACAAGACACCGCCCCCAUGGGAUGAUGCAUGCAUCUGGCGCCUGAUCGGAGGGCGAGUCUUUGCCCUCUAUCCCUCCCCAUGGCAGCCAUCUUUUUUCUGCCCGCGCGAGAUGAGACGUCCUGCGUGAGGAGAGGAUUUACAGUUGAACUUGUGACAGUUUAUGAGUAUGAGUUAUGAAUAUGCUGUGUAAAUUAUGACUAGAUGUACCAGAAACCACCAAAACCCAACCAAGCAUUUAUAUUCACUAUCUUAUAAGGGAGGAAAAGAAAGGGAGAGUGAGGUUAGCAGCUGAGAUUUUGGACACAUGUUUUGGCAUUCUCGGGAUUACCGGGUAGAAAGUGUUGUGCUCGUUACCCGGACGUUGAUGUAAAGAAGUAGGGAGAUUUCUCCCCCCCAUCUGAAUUCUAGAGGGGGGGAAUCAAAUCAAGUGGGCUCAGAGAGCUUGAUGACGAGAGAAACUUGAUAUCAAAAACAUGAAGCACCAAAGUGUAGAACUUUAGGCUUUUUAUGUGUUUACGUGUUUUCGUUUGUGUGCUUGUUUUCCGACCGAACGGAAAAUCGUGUUGUUGUGGGAUUGUGGGGGGGGGGGCGUUUGAUUUGAGGUUACGUGUUUUCGUUGUGUUUUUAGUGUCCUGUUCCCUUUGCGUUCCUGUGAAUGACCGGAGCCUUUUGUUGUUUUGUUUUACUUUUGGUCUGACUGGUCCUUUUAUUCGAGGCUCCUUUUUAAAGCAGCUGAGUUAAAAAAAAAAAAAAGAGGAAUUUAAUUGUGCAAGUUUAAAGCUAACGUGUUUCCACGUUCUGUUGUCCGUAUGCAGUGGAGGGAGAGAGUGGGACGGGCAAGGCGUCUGCGUUUUGCAUGUUCGCCCGCCGCCUCUCCCUCAUUCAUCCCUCCCUCCCUCACCCCUUUCUCCUUUUUUUCUCCCCUCUUAAACCAUUCCCCGUUUUAACCCUUCCACUCCUUUUCUGUGCUUUCUGCAAGGGCCUGGUUUGUUUAUAAUCACUGUGUAAAUACAGUGUAUGUAUAGAUAUAUGUAGAAAAGUGUAAUAUAUGUACAUGUAUCUAAGAGACACUCAUCCUGUGCAUCUGGGAACCACCCCGUGACCUCUGUGACCCCGGUCCAGUUAAGGAACCUUUUCCUCAAAGAUUUUUAGUUUGAUUUAAUUCUACUCCUUAAAGUACUUCCUUAAAAUAUUGGUAGCUCUCCAUCAUUGACGACAAACGUGAACAAACACUCGUGUUAGUCCCGUGGCCGUAAGACUGUUUUUAGAGACGGGGGAAUAAAAGAAAUAAGAAAAUAGUUUUACCCCUUUUGCUUAAGAGAGUUUUUAAACAUGAAGACCUUCAACAUAGUGUUCUUAACUCCUGAUCCCACAACGCUGUGAGCCGUCUCUUUAUAUCAUAUAUACACACACACACACACACACACACACACACACACACACACACACACACACACACACACACACACACACACACACACGCCUGGUGGUGUGUUUAGGCUUUGUAACAUAUCUGCACCACUGCUGUGUGACCACGGUGCCACCCUUGCUGUGCUGCUUAAUUGUCUCCAUCCAUUCGCGACAGUCGUAUCUUAAACACUCCCCCCCCGCCUACUCACUCCGAUAUCCCCCUCCCCCCGUGUACCCACAAUACCCUGCUCCUGAGAUGUUUGUUUGUACCUCUCUGUUGUUUCUCUGUUCCCGUGUUACUGGUUUGAGUUUUUUCGUUGUCGUCGCUGUUGCUGUUAACUUGUCGUUUGGUAAUUUGCCGAAUCUGCCAAGCUGGAGUUCUGCACUCUCCCUCGUACACAGUAAAAAAAAAAAAAAAAAAAAAAAAGGGAAAAGAGGGAGGAAGUAAAGACAACACAAAUCACAGAUUGAUUGAUCACAGAUUGAUCAGGACUAAAUUAUUUAUUAAUAUAAUCUACCCAAAGGUGGUUAUUAAUCGUGCCUGCUCAGUUGAGAGGAGUUGUGAGAGCCAGAGAGAGUUGGUGUGGGUGUGCAGGUUUCAGCGACCUCCACUGUGGAAGCAGAGCGGGAGACCUAGUUAUAUGCAUGUUUCAGUUACACAUUUCUACCAUGUACCUACCUGAAUAAGGAUGGAGUCUAGUGUUAAUAUAUGAUAUUUGCAUCUUUUGAAAUAAGAAUAUCCUCCAUCCAGAAUGUUGAGUAGGUGACAUGAAAAAUAUGAUGAAAAAAAACCGCAAAAUUUUUCAAAAAAAAAAAAAAGGAUUCAGGAGCCGUAGCUUGGUAUGAGGCCCUCGAUGUUAGCGUUUUCCCUGCGUUGUAAUGAUAUACUAUUGGGCUGCGCUUUCUCCCCCAGCCUUCACGUGGAUGCUGGAGUUUUUUUGCAUGAUCAUGAUGUACAAUGAAAUACAACCAUGAAUUGACGACUAUCAAGUGUUUGUCUGAGUGUUAGUUGGUCUUCAUCAUAGCUUUGUUAUUCUUCGAAAAUUGGAUCUUAAAAGUAUUUAAUAAAAAUACUAUUUCAGCACUG